CGGGGCGAGAGAAAGCGGGGAAGUGGCAGCAGCAGUAAAAAAAAAAAAAGUUGACAGAUCUCAUUGGCAAGAAACCAAAAAAUGAAAAGCGCCCUCACAUUUGAAACGAUUGCCCGUUGUUCAACGACCAAGGCCAAGGCCUCAUUGUUGACGUUACCUCAUGGUCCAGUCAACACACCUGUGUUUAUGCCUGUCGGCACACAGGGCACCCUCAAGGGUUUGACACCGCAACAACUCAGUGAUCUUAACUGUCAAAUUAUGCUCAACAAUACCUACCAUUUGGGUUUGAAACCUGGUCAGGAAACGUUAGAUCGAGUGGGUGGUGCACACAAGUUUCAAAAAUGGAAUCGCAACCUUUUGACGGAUAGCGGUGGUUUUCAAAUGGUUUCGCUGUUAAAGUUAGCAAAGAUCACCGAGGAAGGUGUUCAAUUCGCAUCACCACACGAUGGAUCAUUGAUGAUGUUGACACCCGAACACUCAAUGUCGUUGCAAAACUCGAUUGGUGCCGAUAUCAUGAUGCAACUGGAUGAUGUGAUUUCCUCAUUGACAACCGGACCGCGUGUAGAAGAAGCCAUGUGGCGAUCUAUCCGAUGGCUGGAUCGAUGUAUUGAUGCACACAAGAAUCAGGAUCAACAAAAUCUGUUUGCGAUCAUCCAGGGCGGCCUGAAUACGGAUUUGAGACGCAAGUGUGUUGAGGAGAUGGUCAAGCGUGAUACCCCAGGUUAUGCCGUUGGUGGAUUGAGUGGUGGUGAAGAAAAGGAUGUCUUUUGGAGAAUUGUCACGUUAUGUACAGAUCUGUUACCGAAAACCAAGCCGAUUUAUUGCAUGGGUGUUGGUUACGCAGAAGAUUUGGUCGUUUGUGUUGCACUAGGUGUAGAUAUGUUUGAUUGUGUCUAUCCGACUCGCACAGCCCGAUUCGGCAACGCAUUGACGAUGAAGGGCAUUCUGUCGUUGAAAUCCGGUAAAUUUGCCAAUGAUUUUGGUCCUCUUGAAGAAGGAUGCGACUGUCCAACGUGUCAAAACUACACACGAUCCUACGUGCAUUUGGUAGCUACCAAGGAUACCGUUGGAUGUCACUUGGUAUCAGUGCACAAUGUCGCUUUCCAGCUGCGACUGAUGCGUCAAAUGCGAGAGGCUAUCAUCAAGGACGAGUUCCCAGCAUUUGUUGUCAAGUUCUUUGCCAAUUACUUCGGUGGUGACAAGAGUCGGUACCCGGAGUGGGCGGUUAAUGCAUUGCAGAGUGUCGGUGUUGAUUUAAUGGCAUCAUCGUCAUAGUUACUCUACCCUAGAAAGAGGGAAAAAAAGCUUGUUUUCUUUGUGUAAAUUACAUCGUCAUCAUCGUCAUCAUCAUAUAUAUUACUACUACUACUUUUCACUAUCAUCUAGAUGCUUUGCUGCGUUGGUUGUUGCUGGAAAUCUGGAUCUUCUAUUCAAAGAAGAAAGUUCAAUAAUAGUGAUAGCAUAUAACAUACUUGAUUCUUCUACAGGAAUCUAUACACCACACUCCUAUACUGUACUACACUGUAUAACUCUAACCUCUAAUUUCUGUCUUAUCUUUCCCCCCUUGCUUUCAAUUUUGAAAAACCGAGAGUGUUUAGAGUAAAUGUGCUACUCAUAUGCGU